GAAGUGCCGUGCAGUAUUCCAUUUCCAGUGCCCGUUAAUCAAUAUUUUCUAUUGUAUUUGUAAUAUUUACAAUAUAGAAUACAAAAAAAAAAUCGCAAUUAUCAUGAAUCAGGCCUCGCUUUAUCAUCGCGCUAGUGCUGUGCAGCGUCGCGAUUCGAAACAGAUUUUUCAGGAAUACAUGAAAGUGAUGCAGUGGCGCGCGGAUGGACGCGACACACUCAUCGAUAUCGGUUCGGGUUCCGGAAAUGUGCUAAUGGAAUUUAUUUAUCCUCUGUUGCCACGUCAAUUUGAUGCCAUUUUGGCUACCGAUAUUUCCGAACGUAUGGUGGAUUUCGCGCGUAAGAAUUAUGGCAACACGGAGCGUGCACAUUUUGAGGUAUUGGACAUCACCUGCGCGCUGAUACCACAGAACUUUCGCGGCCAAUUUGAUCAUGUCACCUCCUUCUAUUGUCUGCACUGGGUGCAGAAUCAAAAACGCGCUUUACAGAAUAUUCAUCAAUUGCUGCGUUGUAGUGGUGGUGAUUGCCUGCUCGUAUUUCUAGCGAAUAAUCCCAUCUUUGAUGUGUACAUAGAACUGUCCAAGACAGAAAAAUGGGGUAGCUAUAUGAUCGAUGUAAUGCACUUUAUCUCACCCUUGCACAAUAGCGACGAUCCGGGCGCUGAGUAUAGCAAAUUACUACAAGAGACUGGUUUUGUGGACUUUAGAGUGGAAAUACGCAACGAGAUUUUCGUCUAUGAUGGCACGCAGAACCUGAAAGAUAAUGUGAAAGCAGUUUGCCCAUUUCUGGAACGAAUACCAGAAGCGAAACAUGAAGAGUUUUUGGAUGAUAUUAUUAAAGCCGUGGUGGAUAUGAAGCUGCGCGAUGGCGAUAUCAAUGCAAGGGAUUUCAAAUUUAUUGCGCCUUAUAAGUUAGUUGUGGUUUAUGCACGGAAGCCUAAUGGAUUUUUGGAUAGCAUGAUUAAGGAGGCGGAGCGUGUUAGGUAGGGACUGAAGUGAUU